AUGCUGCAAGCAUCAGCUCAAUCCGGGCACCGCAAUGCACCAAUUCUCCGGCGAGAUUACCUCGAUCCGGUCGAGAUGCUAGCGCAAUCCAUCCGGCGGUGCGGGAACACGCGCAAUCUGGCGGAGGCGCGGGCGAUCCACGAGCAAAUCCAGCGAUCGCCGGAGCGCCAUAGCCGAUACCUGGCCAAUCUGCUGGUGGAGAUGUAUGGCAAGCUCGGCAGCGUCGCGGAGGCGCGCAUUGUCUUCGAUCGCAUCGUUGAUCCCAACAUCUACUCGUGGAGCAUCCUCCUCAACGCCUACGCCCUAAACGGCGAGCUCCAUGGCGCCAAGCGAAUAUUCGACGCGAUGCCCGCGAAGAACGAUGUGGCCUGGAACUCGAUGCUCGCGGCAUAUGCCCAGGGUGGGCAUCUUCAGGAGGCGGUGGAAAUCUUCAAGGAAUCUCCCAAGGACAGCGAUAUCUCUUGGAAUAUCCUUAUAAAUUGCUACAUUAUCUACGAUAGAGUUGAGGAUGCAAAGCGUCUUUUUGAUCGAAUGCCGAGAAAGACCGUAAUUUCAACCACGGCUAUGAUCUCAGCAUAUGCCAAAAGAGGGUAUCUUGACCAGGCAAAGGAUCUUUUCGAUCAAAUGCCCGAGAAGGAUGUAAUAUCCUGUAAUGCCAUGAUAACAGCGUGUGCACAGCAUGGAAACCUUGACGCGGCAAAUAAUCUUUUCCAUAUAAUGGAAGAUCGAGAUGUUUCUACUUGGAAUGCCUUGAUAACAGCAUAUGCCGAAAAAGGGUAUCUUGGCGACGCUAGAAUGCUUUUUAACACUAUGCCCUUGAGGAAUAUUCUUUCCUGGAAUAUUAUAAUGUCGGCCUAUGCCCAAGCUGGACAUGCAUUUGAAACGAAAAUGAUAUUCCUGGAAAUUCCAGAAAGAAAUCUCAUGUCUUGGAAUAUCCAGCUUUUUGCAUAUGCCGAAGCCGGGCAUAUUGAAGAGUGCCAAAGAACUUUCGACAUUAUGCCGCAAAGGUCACUAGUUUCCUACACUACGAUGAUCACCGCAUUGUCUCAAGUUGGAAGUUUGAGGAAAGCCACUGAGCUUUUCGACGGAACUCCAGAAUGUGAUCUCGUGAUCUGGAACUUGAUGAUCUCCGUGCUCGCCAGGGAUGGACGCCUCCAGAUCGCUCGAGAGAUGUUUGAGUCGAGUCCACGGAGAGAUCUCUCGAGCUGGAACGUGAUGACCAUCGCCCUCGCUCGAAACUCCAAGCUAGAAGAAGCUAAAAAAUGUUUCGAUGAGAUGCCUGAGCGAGACACCGUUUCCUGGAACGCUCUAGCAGCAGCUUAUGGAGAAGCUGGCCAUCUCCGCGAAGCUCAAGAGCUCCACAGCUUAACCCCCGCGAAAGACAUCGUCUCCUGGAACACACUUCUUGGAGCUUAUGCUCAAAACGGCCACAUCGAUCAAACCAAGAGAGUUUUUGACGAUCUUCCGCAGCGAGACACCGCCUCCUGGAACACAAUGCUUGCUGCUUACGCUAAGAACGCGAAGAUCGAGACCACGCUCAAACUCUUUGAUGAAAUGCCUCUACAAAACAUCGUCUCCUGGACUGCCGUGAUCACGGCCUUUGCGUUUGGAGGAAACAAAGCCACAGUGUUAAAGUCACUCGAGUUUUUGAGAGUGAUGGAGUGCGAAGGAUUUAAACCCGGUCACAUAGCGUUCCUUGUGAUCUUAACCGGUUUGAGCCACCUAGGAAUGAUCGAAGACAGCCAUCAUUGUUUUAGUUUGAUGGUGCUUGACCAUGGCUUGUCCCCCGGCAAGGAACACUACUCCUGUAUAGUUGACUGCCUCUCGAGGGCCGGCCAGCUCCAAAGAGCCAAUGAGCUUCUCGAGAGCAUGCCCAUGUCGCCCGACAACGUUGCCUGGUCGGGUUUCCUCGCGGCCUCCAAAGUUCACGGAGAGAGAUCUCGCGGAGCUCGAGCUGCCGAGAGCUUACACUCACUCGACUCGCAAGAUACUUCCUCGUACAUUCUCCUGUCCAACAUCGUAGCAGUGGACUAG